AUGGAUCCUUUUCCAGAUGCGUCUGAACGACAAGUAUCUGAAUCCGGGGCACGAGGAGGUACCUUGGCUUUGGAGGCGCCUGAACGACUAGCUUCCAAGUUCGGGACUUCCCACCAGGAUCCUUUUCCAGAUGCGCCUGGACGGCAAGCAUCUGAAUCCGGUGCUGGGGGUACUAUCCGUCCUUUGGAUGUGCCAGAUCGACCAACAUCCAUAACUGACCCUGUGUCUGAGAAAACGGCCGUACCAGAGCGAGGUUUACCAUCAAAGGCUAAAGAAUUAGCAAUUCGAGGGGGACCACUCUCGGGUAUUGACACGUAUUCUGGAGGCUGCAGUCUUCUUCUUUUCCUGGGUGCGCCUGAACGACAAGCAUCCAUGUCCGUGGCAGAUUCGGCUGGUGGGGCAGUGCCGGAUCGAGGUGUACCGUCGAAGGCCAAUGAAUUAGCAUUUCGAGGGGAACCACUAUCGGGCAAUUGCUCGAGACCAGAUGACUUUAGUCCAAUCCUUAUCUUGGAUGCGCCAGAUCGACAAGCGUCCAAAGUCGGAAUUUCCCGCCAGGAUCCUUCUUCAGAUGAGUCUGAAUCCGGGGCUAGAGGUACGAUUCUUCCUUUGGGGGCGCCUGAUCGACAAGCUUCCAAGCUCGGGACUUCCCGCCAGGAUCCUUCUUCAGACGAAUCUGAAUCCGGUGCUGGAGGUACCAUCCUUUCUUUGGGUGCGCCUGAUCGACAAGUAUCCAAGGUCGGGCAAGGAGGCACGAGUUUUGGCUCGGUCCCAUUAGACUUCAGUCCAAUUCCUUCUGUAGGUGUGCCAGAACGACAAACUCCUACAUCCGGAAUCUUCUUUGAAUCCGCUACAUUCAACGUUUCGCUGCAGACUUGUACUUUAACUUUCGAAAAUUUCUUUCCUUCGUCGCUGGUCUUCAACAAAUUGUUUACCCAUUGA